ACUGAAGGAAGACGCGUGUGAAUUUUUUCAAGAUCAAGUUUGCUUGCAAAAACUGGUGUUAAGUGCUAAAGUCCUAAAAAUUGUUGUUGAAAUCGUACAUCAAGGUCCCUAGAAGAAGCAGCAAACAGAAAUGGCAGAUCAAUAUUCCGGCUACGGCCAGCAGGAUUACGGCGGCCAGAUGCAAUUUUCCGUUCCACCACCAGCGCUCUCGCAGACCAAUUUCAGUCAGCCUCCCCCGUUGUCUGGCGGCGGUGGGUAUGGUGGUGGAGCCGGCGCAGGUGCUGCCGCCGGCGGAGGAUACGGCGGUGGUCAGCAGCAAAAUGCUGCCCCCAGCGGCGGCGGUGGUGGUGGUGGCUAUGGGGGACAAAAUGACUAUAAAUCGGGUAACCGCGACGGUGGUUAUGGUGGUGGAAACCGCAACAGCUACGGCGGCGGAGGCCAGCCAGGCGGCGCCAGAGGUGGUAAUCAAUCUGGAGGCUACAGCAGUGGCGCCGGCAACAAGGGUGGUUAUAAUAGCAAAGGCGAGGGUGAAAUGGUUACCCAGGAGGAUACGAUCUUCAUCCAGGGUAUGACACCGGAGACAACCGAAGAGGAAAUCGCCGACUAUUUUGGCGCCAUCGGCGUCAUCAAGAAAGACAAGCGUACCAUGAAGCCGAAGAUAUGGAUGUACAAGGACAAGGAGACGGGUCGCAUGAAGGGCGAAGCCACGGUUACCUAUGAAGAUUCGAACGCUGCUCAAUCGGCCAUCGGUUGGUUUGAUAAUAAGGACUUCAACGGGGGUGUCGUAAAAGUGUCCCUGGCUCAGCGUUACAAUAACUGGCAAAACAAGGGCGGAAACCGUGGCGGAUUUAACAAAGGCGGCGGCGGUGGUGGUGGUGGCGGUUUUGGCGGCAAUCGUGGCGGAGGCGAUCGUGGAGGCUAUGGUGGCGGCGAUCGUGAUGGUGGCAAUGAUCGUGGUGGCUCCCGGGGCGGUCCAGGAGGCGGUGGUGGUCGCUUUGGUAGUGGAGGAGGUGGCGGUGGCGGCGGCGGCGGUGGAGGUGGUGGUCAGGAACGGGAAGGAGACUGGGCCUGCGGAGAGUGCAGUAAUAAGAAUUUUGCCUGGCGAAACGAGUGCAAUCGGUGUAAAGCUCCGAAGGGUGACAGCGCCGGUUCGGGUGGUGGUGGCGGCGGCGGUGGAGGUGGAUUCGGAGGCCGCGGAGGUGGCCGAGGAUCGUUUGGUGGUCAACGCAAUAGCGGUGGCGGCGAUCGUGGUGGAUUUGGCGGCCGAGGUGGUUCUCGAGGCGGAGGCGGUGGCGGCGCUAUGCGUGGAGGUGACCGAAAUCGUGGCGAUCAGCGGUCAAGACCCUAUUAAACAAACCUAUUCCCGCAGCAACGUUGUGUUGCGAAAAAAACUUUAAUUUUAAUACUGUUUCUUCGCCUCCAUCACUCAUUUCAUCGAUUUUAUACGACGGCUCUGCCGUAUAAUUUGUACAGUAAUGGUUCAAAUCUAAUGUCUAUCACUUGACGACGGAACAGAAACGGUUUGUCUGUAAGCAGUAGCACGUUUCGUAUGAAUGAACCCUUGUCAUCUAAGCGCUCUGUAUCCAGGUAGCGUAGUAUAAUUAGCUUAUAGCAGAUGUAUGCGCGUGUACUGUAAACAACACGACCGCCAGCAUUAGCACUAGACGUAAGGCACAAAACAAAAUAUUUGUGUUAGCCAGCUUCUAAGCCAGCGCAAACGGUAAUGUCGAAACAAUAAAACAU